CUGGUCAAAGCCGCUGCUUGCUAGCUGCUUCUCUGGCUCAGAAGACGAGGAAUUCAGGUGUUUGGGCUCUUUCUUUUUCUAAGAGCCAACAGCCUGGGUCAUCUGUGUCUUUGUCCCCUAAGAAGUGGAAACCCAGAGCUGUGUCCAUGGAGCCCUGCCGGUCCCUGGCCCUGUUUGCUGGCUCUCUGGGCCUGACUUCUUCUCUGAUUGCUCUGACCACUGACUUCUGGAUAGUGGCCACAGGUCCUCACUUCUCUGCCCACUCUGGCCUCUGGCCAACGAGCCAAGAGACUCAAGUAGCAGGUUAUAUCCAUGUGACACAGAGCUUCUGUAUCCUGGCUGUCCUGUGGGGCCUGGUGUCUGUGAGCUUCCUGGUUCUGUCUUGCAUCCCAGCUUUGUCUGCUCCUGGCCGUGGCCCUCUGGUCUCAACUGUCAUGGCUUUUUCUGCAGGUAUUAAUGGGAUCUGGGCUGCUGGGACACCUAGGUUGGUGAAUCCUGCAGGGGCCAAGCUGACUCAGCUGUCUCUUGUUCUUGUCCCCAGCUCUCUCCAUAUUAGUGGCUAUGGCAGUGUACACCAGUAUGAGAUGGAGCCAGACUCCAUUUCCUCAAGUCCAGACAUUCUUCUCCUGGUCCUUCUACCUAGGCUGGGUCUCCUUCAUCCUCUUCCUCUUUGCAGGCUGCCUGAGCCUGGGUGCUCACUGUAGAACCCGUCGGGCUGAGUAUGAAACCUUGUGAACAAGAACAGCAGGGUCAUCAGGAUGUUUGGAGCCUUGUCCUCUCAGGAGCUACAAAAGGAAUGCAGAAUUCUGUCUCUGUCCCUCCCACCUUGCCUUAUCCUUCAUUGGUUUCUUCACACACUCAAUAAAGAAGUAU